UGUAACCGAGAGGGCGGCCAUGUUAUUGUUGCCAGAGCUUUGGUCUUGUUAGAACAUACAUUUGUUUUAACAUUCACACCUGCUGUUAUUAGCUUAUAUUUACACCUGAAGUGUGCCGCGACAGUAUAUGCGAUGUAAACGCUCUUCUAUCUAGCCAACGUUUGUUGCAUCGUAAAAAAGCUAAACAUUUUUUCGAGAUGACUACAUGAAUGCAUUUUGGAGUAUUGAUUGCAGAGCCCAUUUGACGUUAUAGCUGACAUCUAACCUAUCCGCAAAGAUGAACGGCUGGGAGAUCGUCCUAAUCGUGUUUAUCAUAGCCCUUCUCAUCAUGAUUGUGGCCAUAUUUCUGUGCCGGGUAAUGGGGAUAGGCUCCCUCAGCAAGUGGUUCUCGUCUGGGGAGGAAAAGCAGUCCCUAACCAAGCAUGAUGCCAUGAAUGGAUACAACGGUUAUGUGAACUCGGAGUCGGACUUUGCACUUGACGCCUCUGGUAAAUAUGUUGAGUACGACACGGUGAAGGCAGAUCCCCAGUACCAGAACAUAAACGAGACCGCCGAACCCCCGGCUACUACCCCUCAGCACCAGUCUGGGCGCAGCACACCAACCUCUUUAUCAUCCAGUAUAGCAUCAGAUUAUGACAUUGGGCAAGGCCUUACUAAAGCGCCUUCUUGUGAGAGCAUUGCCUCCGAUUCCUCUAUCAUGGACAUCGAACCUGCAGUGGCUGCUAUAGGACAGCUGGAAUUUGGGCUGGAGUUUGACAGGGAAGUGUCCGAACUUAUAGUCAGCGUCAUACAAGCUAGAGAUCUAGAAGUGAACGAAGUAACGGGAACUGUUGAUACUUAUGUGAAAGUCAAUUUGGCACCAGAUUCGGACAGCAAGAAGGUCACAAAAGUUCAGCGCGAGACUGCCAACCCUCAGUACAAAGAACGCUUCUUGUUCCCUGUGGACCCUGAUGAGCUGGACAACAAAACGAUCCAAUUUAGCGUGUACUCCUGUGAUAAGUAUGCCCGCCACAAGCUGCUCGGCCAGUGCGACAUAAAACUGGGGGACAUCGACCUGCGACAUGCUGUUAGAUUGUGGUUGAACCUGAAGGAUAUCGACGAGGUUCAGGCGGAGUACGGUGAUAUCAUGUUCUCCCUGAGUUAUCUCCCCACAGCAGAGAGGCUAACUGUGGUGAUAGUAAAGGCAAGAAACCUGAAGUGGCAUCAGAACAGGGAGGCGGGAGACUGUUUUGUAAAGGUGUAUCUACUACAAAAUGGGAAGAAGAUGAAAAAGAAAAAGACGACUGUAAAGAAAGACGAAAAGAAUCCAAUUUUUAACGAAGCCAUGAUAUUCUCCGUUCCUUCUUCAACAUUGCCAACGGUUCAGCUGAGAAUCACGGUAGCCGAACAAAUGCCUGAGGGAAAAGUAUCAUCUAUAGGUCACAUAAUAGUCGGUGCUAAUACCACUGGAACCGAACUGUCUCACUGGAACCAGAUGAUGACGUCACUACGUAAACCUAUAGCCAUGUGGCAUUCAUUGUGUAAAUAAUGAAAUAAAAUGGGGGAAUGGGCGGAUGUGUUGCGUUCUUUUCUCAAAUUAAAUCCCGAAGGUAGAAUUUGAUCAGUCUGUUAUUAUUCAUGAGGGGAUAUAAAGAUGAUUUGAACAUUUGAGACGCAGACCGUCUAUUUUUGUCAUCCAUUAACAGAACCGAAGAGAAGCAAGAUUUUAUUCCACUUCAAGUAUAGGCAGAUUGCGUAAAGGACAGACUAUUGUCUGUUUUAUGGACAGAUUAGGCUACUUACAAAAUCUGCGGUUGUGCCUAGCGGAUGUUUGCUGAGACAAGGAUGUGCUGAGAGGUUGUUUAAUCCUUGAUGUUGUCCAAAUCUUGUUCCAACGCCAGCAUGCGGGAACCGACCCAGAGCUAAUCUAACAACAUAUAUACAGUAGACUAGUGCGCUAGUGUUACAAAUAAAACGAUAUCCUCCUGGGCUUUUGCGAUGUAGACUUCAACUGAACUAGUAAAAAUUGGGAAAGUGACAGGGAAACAUGAUUAGAUAAUUUUAUCCUAUCAGAUAGUAUCUUAGACUUUUUGAUUAGUGAGAUUUGCAAAGGCUGAAGUGAUUAUCUUUUAUUGAACUUAUUUUUAGAAUCAUAAUAAACGCGAGAGAAAUAUCUGGUGACAUAUGUACGGCAUUCAGUUCUUGUCAAUUGGAAUGUAUGUGUUAGAAAAUAUUUAUGUUGAGAUAUCAGUAAAGUUGUGUUAUUUGGCUUUUUUAAUUGAUGUCCAGGAUUUAGAUUUAUGGUCUUAAGCCUUUACCUUUUCUCUUCUGAUAUGGACUUUUUUAUCAUUUUAUUAUACCAACACAUUCAAUUUUCUGCCAUAAACAUUUUGUCUGAGGGCUCAGGAAUAUAUAUAACAUGGUUGUGUUUUUCUGACCAGAUAAAAACAGAUUCGUAAUCGAAAAAUAA